CAUUCCACGGGCCUUUCCAACGGUACUCAGGCGGCCCUAUGGAACACCAAGGGACCGAGGGUAUAUAAGGGGGAGAGAGUGAAGGGAGGAAGCCACAGUGACAGGAGACGGGGACGGAGAUGGACCUGCGUUGGACCCUCACGUGGAUGAUGCUGGCGGCGGCGGUGGUGGUGGCGGCAGAACCCCCCUCCGGCCCCCACCCCGGGUACGCCUUCGCCCACGAGGUCAAGCAACCAACCCUCAACAAUUUCUUCGGGCACACGUCACACAGCAGCGGUGAUCGAACUGAAGGUCGCUACUACGUUUUCCUGCCCGACCACCGGCUCAUGACUGUCUCCUACUACGCCGACAGCACGGGCUACCAUCCUACGAUAUCCUACAGCACCCUAGAGGACGCCAAGGAUAUCGGGGAGAGGGAUAUCCUGGAGAGACGAGAUGGCGGCGGACGUCCUGCUCCUGUGAAGGUUCAAGACGCACUGAAGACGCCCCGGAGUGAGGAUAAUGGACUCCCUGCCUCGUCAGCCAAUCAGAGGGAGGGUAUCACCGUCUCAGCCAAUAGGGUGACGAGGACGCUGCGCCCAGGAGGGUAUAUAAAGGAUGUCGCCGGGAAUGAGCUGCCAGAUGAGUCUUGGGAACAGAAGGAGAAGGAACCCCAGACAACCUCGCAAGGACUACAGAAAUUCGUAUCCCCUAAGCCAAUCACAAGCCAGGGUUUACGAGGGGUAGUUUCCAGCCGACCAAUCACGAAUCAGGGUUCAGGGGGAUCAGUAACCUCUCCACCAAUCACAAACUCGCUCUUAAAACCCCAAAACACCGGACCAAUAGCAGUUCCCAGUCCCUCUACGGCUCGACCAAUCACGAACCAGCGUUUACGAGGGGUAGUUACCAGCCGACCAAUCACGAAUCAGGGCUCAGGGGGCACGCAGACCUCUCCUCCAAUCAAAAACUCGCUCUUGAAACCCCAAAACACAGGCCCGAUAGCAGUUUCAAGUGUGCCCAUCUCUCAACCAAUCAAAAUCCAGGGUUCGGGGGUGACGCAAACCGCUAAACCAAUCAAAAUCUCGCUCUUAAAACCCCCAAACACAGGACCGAUAGCAGUUUCAAGUGUCUCAAGCUCUCAACCAAUCAGAAUCCAGAGUUCAGGGGUGACGCAAGCCGCUAACCCAAUCAAAAUCUCGCUCUUAAAACCCCAAAACACAGGACCGAUAGCAGUUUCAAGUGUCCCCAUCUCUCAACCAAUCAAAAUUCAGAGUUCGGGGGUGACGCAAGCCGCUAACCCAAUCAAAAUCUCGCUCUUAAAACCCCCAAACACAGGACCGGUAGGAGUUUCAAGUGUCUCAAGCUCUCAACCAAUCAGAAUUCAGGGUUCAGGGGUGACGCAAGCCGCUAACCCAAUCAAAAUCUCGCUCUUAAAACCCCAAAACACAGGACCGAUAGCAGUUUCAAGUGUCCCCAUCUCUCAACCAAUCAAAAGCCAGGGUUCGGGGGUGACACAGAGCUCUGGACCAAUCAGAAGUGAGGGGUUUAGCAAAGGCUUCCUCCCAUUUGUCCCGCACGGAGCCAUUCCUAUCGCCUUUCCAGGAAGCGAAUUUGCCCUCAACGGAAAGGGACUGAAAAUAAAAACGGUGGAGAAGAAGAAAACAAAUAGUAAUAGGAAUAACAAUAAUAGGAAUAGUAAUAGUAGGAGUAGUAGUAAUAGUAAUAAUGUGUUUGGGAGAAGAAUUGUGAACUUUAGUGGAAAAGCGAAUGAUAAUAAUAAUAAUAAUAAUAAUAAUAAUAAUAAUAAUAAUAAUAAUAAUAAUAAUAAUAAUGAUAAUAAUAAUAAUAAUAAUAAUAAUAAUAAUAAUAAUAAUAAUAAUAAUAAUAAUAAUAAUAAUAAUAACUGGACAAAUAACAUCAGAAGCCAAAACAACAACAACAACAACAACAACAAUAAUAAUAAUAAUAAUAAUAAUAAUAAUAAUAAUAAUAAUAAUAAUAAUAAUAAUAAUAAUAAUAAUAAUAAUAAUAAUAAUAAUAAUCUUUUGGGGCCCAGCGGAAGAUCAUUGCCAAUCAAAAACAUUAAUAAUGACUUACAAAAUCUAUUCAAUAAUAAUAAUAAUAAUAAUAAUAAUAAUAAUAAUAAUAAUAAUAAUAACAAUAAUAACAAUAGAUUUAGCAACAACAACAACAACAACAACAACAACAACAACAACAAUAAUAAUAAUAAUAGAUUCAAUAACAACAACAAUUUCAACAGCUUCCAAAACAAUAAUAAUAAUAAUAAUAAUAAUAAUAAUAAUAAUAAUAAUAAUAAUAAUAAUAAUAAUAAUAAUAAUAAUAAUAACAGAAAUAACAAUAACAACUUCAACAAUUUCAACCAAAACAACAACAAUAACAUAAACGGAAAUAACAGAAAUAACGGAAAUAACAAUAAUGGAAAUAACAGAAAUAGCGGAAAUAACAAUAAUGGAAAUAACGGAAAUAACAGAAAUAACAAUGGAAAUAACGGAAAUAACAAUAAUGGAAAUAACGGAAAUAACAAUGGAAAUAACGGAAAUAACAAUGGAAAUAACGGAAAUAACAACAAUGGAAAUAACGGAAAUAACAAUAAUGGAAAUAACAGAAAUAGCGGAAAUAACAAUAAUGGAAAUAACGGAAAUAAGAAUGGAAAUAACGGAAAUAACAAUGGAAAUAACGGAAAUAACAAUAAUGGAAAUAACAGAAAUAGCGGAAAUAACAAUAAUGGAAAUAACGGAAAUAACAAUAAUGGAAAUAACAGAAAUAACGGAAAUAACAGAAAUAACGGAAAUAACAAUAAUGGAAAUAACGGAAAUAACAAUAAUGGAAAUAACAGAAAUAACGGAAAUAACAGAAAUAACGGAAAUAACAAUAAUGGAAAUUACAGAAAUAGCGGAAAUAACAAUAAUGGAUAUAACAGAAAUAACGGAAACUUAAAUAACAACGGAAAUAACAUAAAUAACGGAAAUAUCAAUAACAACAAUAACAUCAACAGCGGAAAUAACGUCAGCAACAGAAAUAACGGAAAUAACGGAAACGGAAAUAACAACAAUAACGGAAAUAACAGUAACAACAAUAACAUCAACAGCGGAAAUAACAACAGCAACAGAAAUAACGGAAAUAACGGAAAUAACGGAAACGGAAAUAACAACAAUAACGGAAAUAACAGUAACAACAAUAACAUCAACAGCGGAAAUAACAACAGCAACAUAAAUAACGGAAAUAACAACAAUAACAUCAACAGCGGAAAUAACAACAGCAACAUAAAUAACGGAAAUAACAACAAUAACGGAAAUAACGGUCACCAGAUUCAAAAUUCAAACUCAAAUUCAAAUCUUCGCACCAAAACCAACCGCCAGCCGCCGCCUCAACAGAACCGCCUAUUUAGCAACGGUUUCUCUUUCUUCGAUUUCAGAAAGCUAACGGAUAGUGACCCUGCUACUACUACUACUACUACUACUACUACUACAACCCCUCCUCCUCCUCCUACUACUACUACUACUACUAUUCCUACUACUACUGAUACUACUUCUAAAAGGCAACGGACAGUUUUUAAGGGGCCUACUGCAGCUAUUGUGUCCCUAGCAAGACUUGUCAGCACUACUACUACUACUACUGCUACUGAGCCUACUACUACUACUACUACUUCUACUACUACGCCUGCUACUACUACCACGCCUGCUACCAUUGCUACUACUACUACUCCUCUGACCCCAAGGCGUUCUAGAGGUAAUGUUAGGUUCACGCUACCACCGAAAUUAAAACAACUACCACGAUCUACUACUACUUCUACUACUACUACUACUACUGCUACUGGCGGAAGAGGGAGAUCAAAUACCCAAGACUUAAUUCGGUUAGCAAGAAGGCCUACUACUACUACUACUACUACUACUAUCCCUACUACUACUACUGCUACUAUCAAAAGAACACCAGGUACCAUAAGACCAUCGCUUGUUACAGUCACCCCUUCGGAAAACGUUAGCACAGAAAACGUUGCCGGGGGUUUCAAGAUCACCAGACCAUUUCCAAACGUUUUUUCAGCCUUCACGAGAUUGACAGCCAGUGGAAACGUUCUUAGCCGUUCCUCAAGGCCACAAACGCAAUCUGCAAACGUGUCUCAGUCCAGUGGAAACGUUCUUGGUGGGUCUUCAGGGGUAAAAACGUCAUUUUCAAACGUUUCUGAGACUUCAACGACUGUAAAACCAAUUGGAAACGUUCUUAGCCGUUUUUCAAGGCCAAAAACGUCACUCGCAAACGUUUCACAGCCAAGUAGCAACGUUUUUGGUGGGUCUACACUUCAGAAAACGUCAAAUUCGAACGUUUUUCAGCAUUCCACGACCUUGAAACCAAGCAGAAACGUGCUUGGAAAUUCUCUAGAGCAAAAAACGUCUAGCUCAAACGUUCCAAGUCGAUCACCUCACCCAAAAACGUCAUUGAAACCGGAAAACGUUGGUGACUUGAACGUUCCAGCUACUACUACUACUACUACUACGACUACCCCUGCUACACCUACUACCACUACUACUACUAAAACUACUUAUAAUAGGCCGAGAGGAAGAAAAACGGUUAUUAAGAGACUUAUAACUGCAUCUAGAGCGGGGUUAAGGAGUCCAACUACUACUACUACUACUACUACUACUACUACUACUACUACUACUGCUCCUCCUACUACUAAUGCUACUACAGCGUUGGAUUCUAGUGCUAAAUCAUCACCGUUUUUUAAGUAUUUUGGGAAGAAAUUGUAAAGUGAGAGAGAGAGAGAGAGAGAGAGAGAGAGAGAGAGAGAGAGAGAGAGAGAGAGAGAGAGAGAGAGAGAGAGAGAGAGAGAGAGAGAUAGAGAGAGAGAGAGAGAGAGAGAGAGAGAGAGAGAGAGAGAGAGAGAGAGAGAGAGAGAGAGAGAGAGAGAGAGAGAGAGAGAUAAUAAAGAUAACAGUAUGUAUUCUCAGGAGUUAUGUAUCAUCUUUUGUUAUCAUUAUUAUCAUUAUUAUUAUUAUUAUUAUUAUUAUUAUUAUUAUUAUUAUUAUUAUUAUUAUU